AUGCGCACGAGCUCAGCGCCGCUGCCAUUGGCCAUCGUCGAGAAGCGUAUUGAUGACGCCACCAGAAAACAGGAAGAAGACUCUACGGGAGCUGGUGUAGGCCAGAAAGCGUCAGUCCGGAGUCGUUUGCUACGGGGAGGGAAUGAAUGGGCGCUGGGAGCACGCCCGAGUGGUAGGGACGCGCCGGGCCUAGUGAGGGCCUCAGAGUGUAAGCGACUCGGGUUUGACCGCCUUCCUGCAACAUGGAGGACGAUGCACCGGUGAUCUACGGGCUGGAGUUCCAGGCACGUGCUUUAACACCUCAAACUGCAGAAACAGAUGCCAUUCGGUUUUUGGUUGGGACACAGUCUCUUAAAUAUGAUAAUCAGAUCCACAUCAUAGAUUUUGAUGAUGAAAAUAACAUUAUAAAUAAAAAUGUCCUCCUCCAUCAAGCGGGUGAGAUCUGGCACAUUAGUGCCAGUCCUGCAGACAAAGGUGUGCUGGCAACCUGCUACAACAGAACUUCAGACAGUAAAGUCCUGACAUGUUCAGCCGUGUGGAGGAUGCCGAAGGAAUUGGAAUCAGGCAGCCACGAGUCCCCUGAUGAUUCAUCAAGCACUGCACAGACCCUGGAGCUGCUCUGUCACCUUGACAACACAGCCCAUGGCAACAUGGCCUGUGUCACAUGGGAGCCAAUGGGAGAUGGGAAGAAGAUCAUUUCAUUGGCUGAUAACCAUAUCCUGCUCUGGGACUUACAGGAAAGCUCAAGCCAGGCUGUGCUAGCCAGUUCCGCAUCUCUGGAAGGAAAGGGGCAACUGAGGUUCACCUCGGGACGGUGGAGCCCACAUCACAACUGCACCCAAGUGGCCACGGCGAACGACACCACCCUGCGUGGGUGGGACACGCGGAGCAUGAGCCAGAUCUACUGCAUAGAGAAUGCCCACGGACAGCUGGUGCGAGACCUUGACUUUAAUCCCAAUAAGCAAUACUACUUGGCUAGCUGUGGAGACGACUGUAAGGUGAAGUUCUGGGACACCCGAAAUGUCACUGAGCCUGUGAAGACCCUGGAGGAACACUCCCACUGGGUGUGGAGCGUCCGCUACAACCACUCUCACGACCAGCUGGUCCUCACUGGCAGCAGCGACAGCAGAGUCAUCCUUUCCAACAUGGUGUCCAUCUCCUCCGAGCCCUUUGGCCACUUGGUGGACGACGACGACAUCAGUGACCAGGAGGAGCACCAUCCCGAGGAGAAGAGUAAGGAGCCCCUGCAGGACAAUGUCAUUGCAACUUACGAGGAGCAUGAAGACAGCGUGUACGCCGUGGACUGGUCCUCAGCCGACCCAUGGCUGUUUGCCUCCCUGAGCUACGAUGGGAGGCUGGUUAUCAACAGGGUCCCCCGGGCCCUCAAGUACCACAUACUGCUUUAGCUUGUUGGGGGUGUUCCUGAUUUACAGUCUGGGCCGAGUCUUGAAAAUGUGCAGCAUUUGAUGGUAAUUGGUUUUCCAAGUGAAUCCCUCUCGAGGAGAGCCCACAUUGCCUUCUUCUAACGUGAGUGUUCACAAAUAACGAUGGAGCUUCUGGAGCUUCUGCUGACUGCGCAACUGGCGCCUGGACAUAGUCCCUCCGUCACAGGAUGGAAUCCCACAUUGUUACAUGAAUCUGUGUCACCGCUCUCUUUCUGUUUUCUGUUUUGAGGGUGCUGGGAGUUUCAAUUAAAAAAAUAUUCUGUUCCCACAAUAUUAGCUUAUCUUUUUCUUGAGAUUAAAAAAUGAAAUAAAAUAAAUCGGUACUGCAGGGA